GGGCGGCGGGGCUCCGGGGUCUCCCCAUGGAGCAGGACGGCGGGCCGGGCAGCGCUCCCGACGCGGGCGGCGGCGAUGGAAAGCCCCCGGCUGAAGCCACGGGCAGCGCAGCCCAGCCCGCGCCGGCAGAGCCCGCGGAGGACAAGGCCCCCGCUACCGCGGCGGAGAAGGUGCCGGCUGCCGCAGGGGAUCGGGAUGGUGGAGGGAAGGAAGAGCCCACGGAGGGGAAGAGCCCAGCUGCUGCCGAGGCUCAGGAUGGAGGGAAGGAAAAGCCUGCGAAAGGGGCUCUGGCUGCAGGAGAGCCUGAAGGCAGGAAGGCAGAGCCCGGGGAGAAGGCUGCGGCUGCGGCCGAGGCUCAGGGUGGAGGUAAAGGAGAGCCCGCAGAGAAGUCUCCAGCUGUUUUAGAGGCUCGGGAUGGAGGGAAAGAAGAACCUGCAAAGGAGAAAGCCGCAGCUGCUACAAAAGCACAGGAUGGAGGGAAGGAAGCCGCAAAGGCAGAGAAAGCCCCGGCUGCAGCAAAGGCUCAGGAUGGAGGGAAGGAAGCCGCAAAGGCAGAGAAAGCCCCGGCUGCAGCAAAGGCUCAGGAUGGAGGGAAGGAAGCUGCAAAGGCAGAGAAAGCCCCGGCUGCAGCAAAGGCUCAGGAUGGAGGGAAGGAAGCUGCAAAGGCAGAGAAAGCCCCGGCUGCAGCAAAGGCUCAGGAUGGAGGGAAGGAAGCUGCAAAGGCAGAGAAAGCCCCGGCUGCAGCAAAGGCUCAGGAUGGAGGGAAGGAAGCUGCAAAGGCAGAGAAACAGGCUGACAAACAGAAGAAGCCCAAGGGCCCGGAGGCAGCGCGCCCAGUCCUGCAGCAAAGCCUGAGCUGCCCGGCCUCCUGCGACAGGGAGGACCAGCCCAGGGCGAAGGCGGCUGCGAUGGAGAUGAUACUGGAGGAGACCACAGCAGCGCAGCCAAAAGAGAGUCCAGCAGCUCCCACCGCAGCGCCUGGCCCUGCCCCGACGGCCCUGGGAGCCCGGCAGGCUCCCGAACAGCCCGUCCCCGCAGCCGAGCCCGGCCCUGCCCCGGGGAGCGCCGGCACCCAGGAGAGGACGUUGCCAGAGCCUGCCGGCGCUGCAGGACAGCCCCAGGCUGGCUUCGCUCCCGGGGCCGCGGAGGAGCCCGGCCCCGAGGCCCAGGGGCAGCUCCCCUUGCCGGACACAGAGCCGCCCCCCAGCCCCUACCUCACCCCGGACUUCGGGAAGGAAGACCCUUUCGAGAUACUGGACGACGUCCCUCCGCCGCCUGCCCCCUUUGCACACCGCAUCGUCACGCUGCGGUCCGCCAACGUGAGCGCCCAGUUCAACCUCAGCACCAAGGACAUCCUGGGAGGGGGCAAGUUUGGUGAAGUCCGCACGUGCACAGAGAAACAGACGGGGCUUAAACUGGCUGCCAAAGUCAUCCGGAAACAGGGCGCCAAGGACAAGGAGAUGGUGCUGCUGGAGAUCGACGUGAUGAACCAGCUGAACCACCAGAACCUGAUCCAGCUCUACGACGCCAUUGAGACGCCCCAGGAAAUCGUCCUCUUCAUGGAGUUCGUGGAGGGCGGCGAGCUCUUCGAGCGGAUCGUGGACGACGACUACCACCUGACGGAGGUGGACUGCAUGGUGUUCGUGAGGCAGAUCUGCGAGGGCAUCCGCUUCAUGCAUCACAUGCGCGUGCUCCACCUCGACCUCAAGCCGGAGAACAUCCUCUGCGUCACUGCCACUGGGCACAUGGUGAAGAUCAUCGACUUUGGGCUGGCUCGAAGGUACAACCCCCGGGAAAAGCUGAAGGUGAACUUCGGCACCCCCGAAUUCCUGUCCCCCGAGGUGGUGAGCUACGAGCAGGUCUCCUACAGCACGGACAUGUGGAGCAUGGGCGUCAUCACCUACAUGCUGCUCAGUGGCCUCUCCCCCUUCUUGGGUGACAAUGACACCGAGACACUCAACAACGUCCUGGCUGCCGACUGGUACUUUGACGAAGAGACCUUCGAGAGCGUCUCUGAAGAGGCCAAGGACUUUGUCUCGAACCUCAUCAUCAAACAGAAAAGCGCCCGCAUGAGCGCUGGCCAGUGCCUGCAGCAUCCGUGGCUCAACAACCUGGCGGAAAAGGCCAAGCGCUGCAACCGCCGCCUCAAGUCCCAGGUGCUGCUCAAGAAAUACGUCAUGCGGAGGCGCUGGAAGAAAAACUUCAUCGGGGUCUGCGCUGCCAACCGGUUCAAGAAGAUCAGCAGCUCGGGGUCACUGACGGCGCUGGGUGUCUGAGCUCAGCCUCCCCGGGAGGCGACGGAGCGAUGUGCGCGUCAAGGCCGAAGAGCAACACCCACUUGGCAUAGGGGCUUGCGCGCUGCAGAGCCUGGUCCUGGGACUGUGCAGGAGAGUGACACGUAGUUCUUGCUUCUGGAUGGCAGUAGGAUCUCUGCUGGGGUUAGACCCUGCCUGCUUCCCGCCGGGGGGGCAGGAGCGAGAGGCUGGCGAGACACAGCCUGGUCCCACGCACGUGUGCGGCCUCUGCUCGUGCUGCUGUGAGGUGGCUGCUCCGGACCCCGCGCUGCUGUGAGAUGCCCACUGCACCCCUGCUCCGCGCCUCCCCCGAAACCACCGCCUCGGGCCUUGCCUGCUGCAUCCUCUCCCUCCGCCGAGGCUCCUGCCCUGCCCUGGCUCCGAGCUGCUGCGUGACUGCCUGGGGGCCGGGACCCGCCGGGUUCCCACCCCCCACCCCACCGCUGCGGAGCUGCUCCGUAAAGAUCACCCCGCCCUGGAUGAUCCACGGCAUUGCUGUGCUGGGAUCCCCGUUGCUGUCAACGCUGGCAGACCCUUCCCGGAGUGCCGGGCCUCGGCUCGAGCUGUCCUCGUUCCCGUUAAGCCACUGCUCCUGUCCGGACUCCCCAGGACUGAGGCCGCCGCUUACCGCUAGUUGCAGAUCUCAUCUCUGGAACAGCCGCUCUGGAUUUCCGGCCCUUCUGCGCGUUCUCCCCACCCGAACAUACCGAAUGCCGCUCGGGAUCCCCCGUGCUGCCGCCCAGCUCCGCUCUGCAGUGCUGCCGGGACCCCCCUCCUCUGAGCUCCCCGUCCCAAGGCAGGGGGGCCUGGAGAGCGUGUGCGCCAAACCCCCCGAGCCGCAGCAUCGCUGCUCUGCUUGCGUUUCUUUCCCGGGACCUCGGAGGGGAAAGGCCCGUCCCAUGUGUUGAGCACUGCUGUCUGGACUGGCCCUACUCGCUUGUCACUGCCUUGGACCCAAGAUUUGUGCAUUCAGCCUGCAAAUGCUGCAGCCCUGCCCUGGGGUAGUUGGUUUUUUGGACCCAGAGGUGCCCGAUCUCCCUGGCAUUUGGCUCCGCUCCCCACCAGCGCACAGCGGGAAGGGCCCCGCGUGCCAGGCCGGAGCCG